AUGCAGCCAGUGGACGGCAGCAUCCUCCAGGUGCUUGGCGGCUUAUCCGGGGAGCCGCUGACAGUCCAUCUCACGUCUCAGGAGGCCAAGAAAAUUGAGAGCGUCAGAGACCUGAAGCGAUGCCUCACCAGAAAUGUUACCAGACCACUUGGUCGUACUCCUGGAACACCCUUCUCUGUCCAUUGGAUUCGGCUGAUUCACACGGACGCCAGCAUGGCUAGCAUGGAACUCCAUGAUGAGGACCCUGUCAACCCUGAGACUUGGGAAUGGUUGGAACAAGGUUCCCUUCGGUACAUGCUCGCUGAUGUGUUCUCCUUUCCUCCAGAAGCACUUCCCUCUGGUGAUGACUUGAAAUUCUCUUACGAGAAUUUGGAAGAAUUGCUGGAUCCCAAGCUUCUCAUCGGCUACGCCUUCAAACUGUGCAAGCACGGAGGCCAAGCCUGGUGCGAAAAUGUCUUCACUCUUUGGACUUCAGCUUUGCUGAGUCUUUCAAGCAAUCAGGUGAACGCAGUGGAAGACAUUUUGGGCCACACACUUCUCAACCGGUGCUUUUCACUUCUGCAGGGACUCGAUGAAGCAGAAGAAUUGAUGCGCGCUGCUGAUCCUGAUUGCGACAACCGCAACUGGCCUGACAGCUAUGAGGACUUCUACGACAAGCAAUGGCCGGAUGACGCUUUUGAGGACUUCCUCCACAAGACAUUCGCUUCUAUGACCAUUGCACUUGUCAGACAGAAAGCAGAUCCUCAAAGGGUGAAAGAAAUCUUCCGCAACAUGUUCACAGAGAAGGUGAAGAGCAUUGUUUGGAAGCUCGUGCAGGGACAGUCCUGCGGCUGCAAUCGGCGCAGCUGUACCCGCGGUGCUUUGCGUUUUGGGCUUGGAGCAGACCUGCUGAUGGCAUUGAUCGACAAAGGCCUUCCAAGAUGCUGUUGGGCUGGUCACUGGGGCCCCUUCAACGACAACCUACUGCAGCACAUCAUAGCUCCAGUGGCUGCAAAACCGGUGGACUGGAACCCGAGAGACGGGGCAAAAGCACGACUUUGCAGAUUCUUAGCCAAAAGAUUCAGCUUGGAGGAGUUGUGCUAUCAAAACAGGGACUUCAAGAAUGCGCUUUGGUAUGUGCUGCAAUACUGUGAAAACUCUCCGUUUCAGGCAGAUCCUCUAUGGGUUCGAGUUCGUGAUGUGAUCAGGGAGCGGAUGCAAAGGCAGGUGAGGGAGUUCCAGGGCAGCUUGCUUGCCUUGGUUGACCUGGCUCGGUCGGUCCGAGCAAGUUUUGGUGGUGGUAUCGAUGCUCUUGAAGCACUUCCAGCCUUUGAAGAGCAGAUGUGGCAGCGGGCUGCAAUCAUUCGGGAGGAGUGGUUGAGGAUGGGCUGGACUUUUGCUCAAGACUCUGCCAACGGCCAAGUUUCAGAGGUUCUGGAUUGGCACUUCCGUGCAGUGGGACAGGGCAUCGAAAUCAAGUUGGCGGAUUUCAACAAAGAACAUCACAGUGACACCAGCAACCCUUGCCUCCGGGUGGUUCGCUUAUCCGGAGAGUUGCUGGAAGUUCCUCUCACCCGUCAUGAAGCAAACAAGAUUGUGAGCGUCAAAGACCUGAAGCGUACUCCUGGAACACCCUUCUCCGUCUAUUGGGCGCGGCUGAGUCACAUGGACGCCUUCAUGGCUGGCAUGGAACUCUUGGAUGAUGACCCUGUUCAUGCGGAGAUUUGGAAGUGCUUGGAACAAGGUUCGCUUCAGUACAUGCUUGCUGAUGUGAGUUUGCUUGCUCCCGAAGAACUUCCUGCUAUUGAUGACUUAACAUUCUCUUACGAGAAUUUGGAAGAAUUGCUGGACCGCAAGCUUCUCAUCGGCUACGCCUUCAAACUGUGCAAGCACGGAGGCCAAGCCUGGUGCAAAACUGUUUUCACUCUUUGGACUUCAGCCCUGCUGAGUCUUUCAAGCAAUCAGGUGAACGCAGUGCAAAACAUUUUCGGUCACACACUUCUCAACCGGUGCUUUUCACUUUUGCAGGGACUCGAUGAAGCAGAAGACUUGAUGCGCGCUGCUGAUCCUCAUUUCGCCAACCGCAUCCAUUGGUCUGACUGGUAUGAAGAUUUCUACGACAAGCAAUGGCCAGGUGACACUUUUGAAGAUUUCCUCCACAAGACAUUCGCUUCUAUGACCAUUGAACUUGUUAGACAGAAAGCAGAUCCUCAAAGAGUGGAAGAAUCCUUCCGUCACAUGAAUAAAGACAGGGUGAAAAGUGAUGUGUGGAAACUCGUGCAGGGGCACCCCUACGGGUGCAGUCGGUUGCGCAAUGAUGGUGCUUUGCGCUUUGGGCUUGGAGCAGACCUGCUGAUGGCAUUGAUCGAGAGAGGACUUCCAAGAUGCUGUUGGGCUGGUCACUGGGGCCCCUUCAAUGAUAGCCUCCUGCGACACAUCAUGGCGCCACUGGCCGCAGUACCAGGGGAUUGGGAGCCAGAAGAUGGGGCAAAGGCAAAGCUGUGCAUAUUCCUGGCCGAAAGAUUCAGCUUGGAAGAGCUAUGCCAUCAAGCCACGGAUGGCCAAAUCGCGCUUGGGCAUGCUGAGGUGUUUUGUGAGUGCCCCUGGGCUGCAGAUACCCCCUGGAUUGAAGUUCGUGAUGUGAUCAGGGAGCGGAUGCAGACGCAAGUGAGGGAGUUCCAGGGCAGCUUGCUUGCUUUGGUUGAAUUGGCUCGGUCUGUCCGAGAAAGUUUUGGUGGUGGUAUCGAUGCUCUUGAAUCCCUUCCAGCCUUUGAAGAGCAGAUGUGGCAGCGGGCUGCAAUCAUUCGGAAGGAGUGGUUAAGGAUGGGCUGGACUUUUGCUCAAGACUCUGCCAACGGCCAAGUCUCAGAGGUUCUGGAUUGGCACUUCCGUGCAGUGGGACAGGGCAUCGUUUGUAGAGGGAUUUGA